UUUUUGGAUGAUCAACAACAAAUCUUACCAAAACUGUACAAAACAAUCGGACGUAUUCUUUAUGCAGUAGUGAUAUGAUCAUCUGAUGUUCCGUUCCUGAGAUUAUAACAUUACGAACAGACGAACAGCGAAACUGUAAAGAUGCCAAACAUCUGUUUAGGAUUAACAUGCAGUCGAAUCGAUUGAUUUCGAAUACGUAUAAAGGAGCACAUCCGAAACGAAGCAGCCGAGCAGAUAGAAAUUUAGUCAAGAAUUGCUUCUAAUCAAACACCACUUUAUCCAUCUCCAAUUUCUCCACCUUUCCUUGGAUAAAUUCUCGUAAAUGCACAACUCCUUGAUAAAACUUCAAUUUGUCUUCUAAUCGCGGCCAUUUGGAUCCUCUCGGACUGGACGAUGGCAUUACAUACAGGAGAAUAUCACUGCCUGUUCGUCCCUUCAACACCUGCUCCUGUCUACCCAAACGGAAUGUCUUCGUACCCGAGAACGCUUCGUAGAUCCCCACUCCAUUGAACACCACAAUCUUCGGCUCAUACUCAACCAUCUUCCUGCGCACUUCGGCGGCGCCCUCGCGCAGUUCGGCUUUGGACAACUCGGAACUGCUACUGGACGGGCGUGAGACGAUAUUCGUCAGGCCAAUUCCGAACUCGGUGAUGCGCGCAUCGUCGUGAAAUGUCAAGGGUUCCGGAACCAGUCCGGACAAAUGCAGACACUUCCAGAAAUGAUUUCCCGGGCCGGCGUAGUGAUGUCCAUGGCUGGCGGAGUUUCUGCCUGGAUUGAAGCCGACAAUGAUGAUGUCCAGUUCGUAACGGAGAAAAUCGGAUAAUCGAAUGUCCUUCAGCGUGCUCAUGGUCUGAGCCAGCUUGGAUGGAGAGUGAGAUUCUGAACCGGCGGCAGUUUUUCUGCGUUUCUUUGGCUUCUCAUCUUCGAUCUCUUCAUGAUCGGCGCUAACUGGGAUGGAUGGUUUCGGUGCAUGGAAUGCCAGAUGCGAAAAAUCAAAUCGCUUCGCUUUGUCCGGUGCGUCUGUUUCGGACAUUGAUAGCUGUUGUACUGCCCAGUGCAGAGAAAAAUCAAAACCUGAGUUCGAGAAGACGAAGAACUUCACCCGACGACAGUAUAAGAACGGUUCGGACAAAGGACAAAGAGUUUGAACUAAAGAAAGAAAUCCAAACUGACGUUUUUUGCCAUGAAUCGUGAGGAAUAAAACUUAUAAAAGAACGUACGCGUAGUGCGCGUACCCAGUAAACAUUUCCUUCGUAUAAGCGACCCCACUCAGCCGGCAGUCUUCUGAUCUCAAUCAGCUGUUUGGGACCUACGACAGAGCAGAGACUUGCUUUUGCUGUCUUUGAGUGUUUGGGGUUUUUACUUUUAGACGCAUUAGAAUUUCAUUGGCAUUUUGUUUGAAUUACCAUUAUCAAUAAACAGAAUUGUUCGUGCCAGAAGGUGCGAAUUGGUGUGCGGGUGUUUUAUCAGCCAAAUGAAAUACAGCAAGCACUGGAAAGUGACUGCCUCUGUAUCUCGCCACGGUUAUGCGACCAUAGUCAAUCCAGGACUGAAAUUUGAUUCGAAUCCCUUGAAAUUUGUUCCUCCUCAUGUGCCUUCCCGGGAAGCUGAUGUUCAAAAGUUUGAAGACUUUCUAAAAAAUAAGCAGCGUCUAGUAGUUCUCACUGGCGCUGGGAUCUCGACGGAAUCUGGGAUUCCAGAUUAUCGCAGCGAAGGAGUGGGACUGUAUGCCACAUCGUCCAGUCGUCCCAUUCAGUACCAGGAUUUCAUCAACAGCGAGAAGUUUCGUCAGCGUUACUGGGCUCGUAAUUAUGUUGGAUGGCCCAACUUCUCGCAAGUCCAGCCUAAUUUUACGCAUAAAUUCCUAGCCAAAUUGGAGCAGCGCUCGACGGCUCCCGCGCUGCACUGGCUGGUGACGCAAAAUGUGGAUGGACUGCAUCUGAAAGCGGGUGCGCGCCGCGUCACAGAACUGCAUGGCAGUGCGUUUCAAGUGGGAUGUUUGAGCUGCCAGCGGAUGGUUACGCGCAUUGCGUUUCAAGACGAACUUCGACAGCGGAAUCCUGAUUUUCAUCAUCCCCAUGCAUCGGUUAGCGCCGCGGAAUUGCGGCCGGACGCGGAUGUCGAAUUGACUGAUGAGAAAAUCGCCGGCUUCACCGUUGUUUCCUGUGCAGAGUGCGGAGGGAUUAUGAAACCGAAUAUUGUGUAUUUUGGGGAGAAUGUGCCCAAACGGAGGGUAGACUUGGUGUUCGAAAAAGUCACAGAAUGCGAUGGAUUGCUGGUGUUGGGAUCAUCUCUACAGGUGUUUUCUGGAUAUCGCUUUGCCCUUCGAGCAGCAGAACUUGGUAAACCAAUUUGUAUUGUAAAUAUUGGACCUACACGAGCUGAUCAUUUAGCAUCUGAGAGGAUCGAUCGAAUUCGCUGUACUGAUUUAUUAUCCAGAAGUGCAAGCAAUCUGUAGAUUAAGUACCCACUGAGCUGCUCUGGUGUCAUUAAUACGGUGAAACUUUCUAUCACGUCAGCCGAAUGAGUCGAUGAUACUGUGCAUGAUUACAUGCACGCUGAUUGUGGAAUGCAGUACAGUAUAUAAAUAUUCUGCUUCAUUUGGAACAACGCUUAACAAUAAGGCUUCUGUAUCAAAGAACUUCUGCCAGAUGCCGCGUGACGCAAUAUUUUUCCG